UGUUGGUGUUCCUGCAGCGAUCUUUGCAAAGUGUUAAAUUGAUUUAAAAUGAUUAUUUUGUUAUUUUAGCGUCUGAAUCGGAUAACUUUUAGCACUUUCGCAACACCGGUCUAUUUUAUUUAUCGCCAACAUGUUUCACAAGCACGGCACAACUUUAUUACUUUUGUUAAUAUGCAUUUUAAAUUGUUACUCGUUUUAUGUGCCGGGAAUGGCCCCGGCUGAUUUUAAAGCAGGUGAUACGAUCGAAGUCAAGGCUGUGAAAAUGACAAGUAUACAUACACAGCUACCGUACGAGUAUUAUUCGUUGCCUUUCUGUUUACCGAAAGGCGGGCUGAAUGCUAUUCACUAUAAAUCGGAGAAUUUGGGUGAGGUUUUAAGGGGCGAUCGUAUCGUAAAUACGCCGUAUGACGUAAAAAUGGCAAAGAAUACGCCGUGCACUUUGUUGUGUAAUUCGCAAAAGGACCCAAUUAAUUGGAGUGUGGGGGAGUCUCAGAUUGUCGUGGACAGAAUACAACACGAGUAUUUUGUGCACUUGUUGGUUGAUAAUCUCCCUGCAGCUACUCCAGUUUUGAACCCAGAAACCAAUGAAAUACAGUAUGAACAUGGGUACAAAUUAGGUAACACCGUGGGGGACAGGAACUAUAUCAACAAUCACUUGAAACUGACUUUAUUAUAUCAUAAUCCAACACCCGAUGUUUAUCGCGUGGUUGGAUUUCAUGUAGAGGCCAAAUCUGUCCACAUGGACGAUUUAAAAUUCAUGGAUAAAACUUGCACAUUCCCUAAUAAACCCCGUCCACAACUGGUCGAUCCGACGACAGGCACUAAGCUGUAUUUUACCUAUGAAGUCGAAUGGGAGUUGUCCAAAAUCAGUUGGGCGUCUCGAUGGGACACUUAUUUAGCGAUGAGUGAUGUCCAGAUCCACUGGUUCUCCAUUAUCAACUCAAUCGUCGUCAUUUUCUUCCUUUCCGGAAUUUUGACGAUGAUAAUGGUGCGAACAUUGAGAAGGGACAUCGCGAAAUAUAACGCUGACGAAAGCUUCGACGAAACGAUAGAGGAAACUGGCUGGAAAUUGGUACAUGGGGACGUUUUUCGACCCCCGAAAAAUUCACGACUGUUUGCCGCUGUGGUGGGAUCCGGGAUACAGAUAUUCCUGAUGGCGCUUAUCACGUUGUUUUUCGCCAUGUUGGGCAUGUUGUCGCCGGCUUCAAGAGGCGCCCUGACCACAGCCGCCAUUUUCCUCUAUAUGUUCAUGGGUCUAGUAGCCGGAUAUUUUUCAGCCAGACUGUACAAAACCAUGAAAGGAAGAGAGUGGAAACGUGCCGCCUUCCUCACGGCGACUUUGUAUCCAGCUAUAAUAGCUUGUUCAUGUUUCUUCUUAAAUUUCUUCAUAUGGGGGAAAGCCAGUAGUGGGGCGGUACCCUUUUCAACAAUGAUCUCAUUAUUAUUAAUGUGGGUGUUCAUUUCUUUACCAUUAGUGUAUUUGGGGUACUAUUUCGGGUUCAGGAAACAACCGUACCAGCACCCGGUGAGGACUAAUCAGAUUCCAAGACAAGUUCCUGACCAGCACUGGUACAUGAAUCCUAUGUUAUGCACUUUGAUGGCGGGAAUUUUGCCAUUCGGCGCCGUCUUCAUCGAGCUAUUCUUCAUCUUCACAGCCAUCUGGGAGAACCAAUUCUACUACUUGUUCGGCUUCUUAUUCUUGGUGUUUAUAAUAUUGGUCAUUUCGUGCUCACAAAUCUCCAUAGUGAUGGUGUAUUUUCAGCUAUGCGGCGAGGACUACCAUUGGUGGUGGAGGAGCUUCAUAGUGUCGGGAGGUUCCGCCUUGUACAUUCUAGGAUAUUCUCUCUUCUACUUCGUAACUAAGCUAGAAAUAACCGAAUUUAUUCCCACUUUGUUGUAUUUCGGGUAUACCGGACUCAUGGUGUUAACCUUUUGGUUACUGACCGGAACUAUCGGAUUUUUCGCGGCGUAUGCUUUCGUCCGAAAGAUCUACUCCGCGGUGAAAAUCGACUAAGCUCGAUUUGUAUGUGACAUUAUUUAUUUUAUUUUUUGUUGUUAUAACGUGUGGGAUGGUUUACAUAAACCUGAAACGAAUUAGUCACAUAAUUUUCGAAAACAAAUCCGAAACGUAGAUGGUAAAUGUUUCGUGAUGUCUCUAAGUUAGUGGUACACUUUUAUUACUUACCUAGAAUAGAUCCCUAAUUUAUUGUUCACCUAAAUAUAUUUUUUAUAGUUCCGUCAGGGCAUAAGUUUAUUUCGCACCUUGUACAGAUGUGAGCAGUUUGAGUUUCAUUGUAAUAACUGUAUAUAAAUAAAAUAAAUACUUUUGUGUAAAA